AGAACGCUAAAAGGCUUUGUAUAGUGCAUGGGAUAGUGGCUGGCAUUUAGAGAGAGAGAGAGAGAGAGGAGUCUUUUCCAAGUGGGGCUUUUCGUCAUUUUCUCUGUACUGCAGGUUGCAUAGAUCAUUUCGCGGUUUCUUCUCACUAAAUUGAGAGGAGCGUGCGCUUGUCAGGGUGACAAUGAGAAGUGGUAUGUUGAAGCAUUUGAAUGCUUGCAGAUCGGCUGCACGGUGCAUUCAGCCAUGGAGUCUUGUACCCUCUCGCCAUGCAGCUUCAGCAUCUUUGGCAGAGGAUACUGAGUCUGUGAUAUUUCCACAGGAGGGCCCAGGUGUUUCUUAUGGUCUUAAUUGGGCACUUUCUGCGAGAGGCAUUUUUGUAAAGGACAAAGCAUUUUAUAAUUUGAAGUCUUCUGAACUGGAGAAGUAUGGUGCAGUACCUUCAGAGCAUCUUUCUGGGUUCCCUAUCCAUUAUAGAGGAAAGUUCACCCAAGGGACUCAUGAAAUUUCAAAAGCACAAUUCAACAAACUCUUAAAACUGGUCACUUCUCAUAUUUCAUCUACCUCAAAUAUCUUUGUUCAUGAUGGGGCUGUUGGAUCCUCGCCAAGGUGUGAUGCGAAGGUCAGAGUCAUUAGUGAUCAUCCUUCUGCUAUUUUGAAAUACUUAAAUGUUCUUUGGAGGACUCCUACUCGAGCUGUUUCCCAUGACACCUGUCCUUUGACAGUUUAUGUUGCUUCCUCUAUCAGUGCAAGUACUGGAGAGAUCAUUGGUAUUGGAGCAAAUAAUGGAUUUCUGGCUGCUGAUAGUGAACGGGCAUCGCUUGUUUUGUGUGGUAGAGCUUUUACUGAUAUUUCUGCCACAAAAGAGGCACUGGCUGCCAGUGUGGCACCAACAAUAUUUGCAAGGGGAGGUCUCCCUCUCUCUGCCAGGCUUCUUGUUUCCGGCGACUCUGUGAUUCUGCUAUUUGCUUCAGAGGCCACUAUUAAGAAUUUCUCAGAGUUGCAAAAGAUGUUAGUAUCGAAGGACGCAGGUGUAGUUCUGUCUUCUGAUGGGGUAGCACCACAAUUUCGAACAUACGAUUCUAAUGCACCAAAUCUGUUGAAAACUCCAGCUGCUGUGGUGUUCUCAUUUGUUGAUAAUUCAGGUGUCAUUCCUUCCCUAUCCAAGCUUUCCCCGGGCCAAGCUGCGUAUCACUUUUUGGCAGGGUACCAGGAUGGAAAGUUUGUGCCUGCAUUUGGUGCACCUCCAUCUCUUACCCCUUUGGAACUUGCAAAGGGACUAUUAUCGCAGUUGAGCAGUAAGGAGAUUCCCACCUUUUUUAUCAAUCCCACUGUGGGUGGAAAGCAUCUGACUGGCCAAGAGUUUCUUAAGGUGGUGGAAUCAGCCCUAUCGAAGAACUUACCUGAAAGCACACUAGGAAGGGAGCCUGACGCAAAAGUUGGAGAUCUCAGAGCUAAGUACAAGGAUUUCAUAUCUAGCAAAUUCCAGGAUUUACCUGAGGAGUUCUCAUUCUAAUUCACUAUCCAUGGGAUCUACUUCGUGUGCAAUAACCUGGCUCUUUGAGAAGGGCUCUCAAUCAGCUACUAGCCUCCUCACUUUGAUUAAACGCCAAUUUGUAAGAUACUUUGCCUUAAUAAUUCAGUUUCAUUGAUUCAUGGGCUUACGGAAAAAGUGAGGACAAUCUCUUGUCUACCUAGUUAAGAAAGUUGGUUUCUUUUCUUUUCGUUUGGGGAGAGUGGGGUUCGUGAACAACUUUUACUGAAGAGCAAUGUGCUCUUGUGGUGAUUAUCAUUAUUUUUGCAAGAUUUUGAGGUUGAAUGAUUCGCUUUGCUGUAUCAGCACAUGGCUGUUGAUUUUCUGCAUUUAAGCUUGGAUGGUUCCACCAGUUGGUCGUGAGCUUUUGCAUGCUGUAAAGAAAAUCUUGUGCACCUCUUUUUGGGUGCCUUAUUUAUUUUAUUUUUAUUUUGUGCUUUUGGGUUU